AAAAAAUAAUUAUUUGCCUAUCUACCUAUGAGACGCCAAAAGAAUUAUUGCUCUCUCUAUAUAUAUAUAGUUAAAACUUUUUUUCCAAAAGAAUUAAACUUCAUCAAUCUCUCUUUUCCGAUCCCGAAGAUGAGACGUUCAUGGCCGACACGCCUCAUAUUCCUGAUGGUUCUCACGGUCGUCAUCGCCAUGAUUGCAGUAGCUUAUGGUUAUUCCUCUGUCUCAUCAUCAAAUCAUAAGUUCCCUCAUUACAAAUACAAAGCUCCAAGUCCUCCCACUACAUAUUCUCCUUACCGUUAUUUCUCGCCGCCUCCUGUUAUAGAUUCAGAUUCUGCAGCUUAUGAUCGAUGAUCGCAAGACGCAGUAUUUGAUAUAUAGCCGUCGUGGCCGACGCGGUUUAGCUGUAGGUUUGUUCGUAGGUGAUGAUGAGAAGGCAAAAUUUUUGUUUUAUUUUGACGUCCUUCAUUUUAUUAUUUUAGAAUUUUUUACGAAACAGAAUAUAACACCGCUUCAAAGCAAAUACAAUAAAAAGGUCAGAUACA